AUGAGAUUUUUAGAGUUACAGGGCAUUUCAUAACUCCUAACUUUGAAUUAAAAGAAGUCACCUUGGCAAUUAAAAAUCUCCUAUAUCCUCAUACUGAUAACCAUAUUCAAGAAGUACUAGAAAUGAUUAUAUCUGAUUGGAAUAUAAAUGAUAAAGUAUUUUGCUAUACUAUAGACAAUAGAAAAAAUAUGAAGAAUACAAAUAUUGCAGAUAAAUCAAUUAAUGAAUCGCAAUUGGUUUUUUAUCAUGCACUUACUGACUGUGAAAUACAUUGGUCAAGUACCUUCAAUGCAUGGAGUCAUUUGUUAAUCUUAAAGCCAUUUAUUGAUAUUUUUUCUACGGCUAUGAAUGUUAAUAAUGUUGAUACAGAAACAAGAAAGGAUGAAAAGCAGUUAGAAAAAUUAAUUUAA